UAUUAUGUAACCUAGAUUAAAAUGGCGACGACGGCAACAUUACAAGUCGAGGAAGAAAUCCAAGAAAAACCUAAAGAUCUUCAGUUUGAAGAUUUUGUGGUGGACAUAGAAUUUCAUCCAAGCAAGGAUGUAAUUGCAUCAGGAUCCAUUGAAGGAGAUGUAUUUCUUCAUUCAUACUCUUGUUCAAAAGAGAACAGUGAACUUAUGAAGUUGUCCUUUCACAAGAAGUCCUGUAGAGUGCUGAGAUUUUCUCCCAGUGGUGAGGACUUGCACACAGCAUCAAAAGACAAAUCGUUCAAUACCAUUGACCUGAACACUGGCACUUUAAAGCGCAGAGUUAAGAACGCACAUGAAGCUUCUAUCUACAGUAUGCUUGUAACUGGGGAGGAUUUCCUUGUAACAGGAGAUGAUGAUGGAUAUUUAAAGUUGUGGGACCUGAGACAACAGAGGGCUGUGAUGGAGGAGAGGCAGUCAGAGGAGUUUCUUAGCGACAUGGCUGUGGAUGAGGACAGGAAAACACUGCUUGUUACCAGUGGGGAAGGAACAUUGACAGCAUUCAAUCUGAGAAGGAAGAAGAUGGAGCUACAAUCAGAGCUGUUUGAUUCAGAGUUCCUGUCCAUAGCCAUAGUCAAGUCGGGUCAGAAGGUGGUAUGCGGAUGUGGUGAGGGCGAACUGAACAUCUUCACGUGGGGGGAGUGGGGCAACAUGAGUGACCGGUUCCCGGGACAUCCCAUGUCUGUGGACUGCAUGGUACCCCUCACACAGGACAUCAUAUGUACUGGCUCCAUGGAUGGCAAAAUCAGGGCAGUAAACAUUUUGCCAAACCGCUUCAUUGGGGUAGUGGGUGAGCACCAAGGGGGACUUCCGGUUGAAAACCUGUCAUUGUCACGGGACAAAAAACUGCUGGCCAGUUGUUCACACGAUCAGAAAAUCAAGUUUUGGAAUGUUGAGGAUGUGCAAUCAGAAAUGGUCGAUGCAUCAAAGCGUGCCAAGAAAGCUGAUAAGAAUAAAUUCCUUGCGUCUUCAGACAAAAGUGACUUCUUUGCUGAUUUGGCUGAAGAUGAAAAACAAGAUGAGGAUGCAGGCCACUCAGAAGACAAUGAAGAUUAUGAUAGUGAUGAUGAUAGUGAGGAGGAGGAAGAUGAUGAUGGAAAUGAUGAUAAAGAAUGAAUCUUAGAAUCAGUCUGAAGAUUGUAAGGCUUCAUUUCCGACCCUUAGACACUGAUGAGCAGCAAACAGCAUAAAAUCUGAACAGACUGUGAGGUACUCGCAGGCAGUUCUGGUUUUAUGCUGUUUGCACAUAGCCAUUUUCACUUUGCUUCUGAGAGGGAAAGGGUUAAUAUGUAUUGAAAACUAAAAGCUGUCACUGUAUAUAUUGCCCUCAUGCAAUCACAUAGUGGCUGGUUACUAUAUUUUCAGGCAAUUAUUUUGUAUAUCAAGUUCGCUCUCAUCUUAAUUUCUUCAAAGAUCAAGUCAGGUGUCUGUUACUAUAAAUUAAAGUACACUAAUUUCUUAAAUAACUUGAAAGGAUUUUACCAUAAAUUUUAACACAUUUACAUACUUGAAAUGUGCCCAUAGGACAUGGAUGACCCCACUAUAUGGACACAGAAGUUAGUGAUGUGUGACAGACAUAAUCUUAAAAUGAUCAUGUGUACAGUAAACACAGCCUAUUUCACAAUAGUGACAUGUACCUUUAAGCUAACACUAAAGUUGGUUCAAUUGAUAUGUUGCCUGGACAUCGUCAUUGGCUUUACACUGAAGUGCGGCGACUCGUAUGUAAUACGUUUUUUAGCUCACCUGAGCACAACGUGCUCAUGGUGAGCUUUUGUGAUCGUCUUUUGUCCGUCGUGCGUCGUGUGCUGUCAACAUUUGCCUUGUGAACACUCUAGAGGUCACAUUUAUUGUCCGAUCUUCAUGAAACUUGGUCAGAACAUUUGUCCCAUUGAUACCUCGACUGAGUUCGAAACUGGGUCAUGCUUGGUCAAAACUAGGUCACUAGGUCAAAAAAAGAAAAACCUUGUGAACACUGUAGAAGACACAUUUGAUGUCCAAUCUUCAUGUAACUUUGUCAAAAUGUUAAUCUAAAUGAUAUGUUGGUUGAGUUCAAAAAUGGUUCCGGUUUGUUUAAAAAACAUGGCCGCCAGGGGGCGGGGCAGUAUUCCUUAUAUGGCUAUAGAGAAACCGUGUGAACACUCUAGAAGUCACAAUUUUUGCCCAAUCAUCAUGAAACUUGGUCAAAACAUUGGUAUCAUUGAUAUCUCGGACGAGUUCAAGAAUGGUCCAGAUUGGUGAAAAAACAUGGCCGCCUGGGGGCAGGGCAGUUUUCCUUAUAUGGCUUUAGUAAAACCUUGUUAACACACUAGAGGCCACAUUUAUUGUCUAAUCUUCAUGAAAUUUGGUCAGAAGAUUGGUCUCAAUGAUAUCUUGGAUUAGUUCUAAAAUGGUAACGUUUGAUUGAAAAACAUGGCUGCCAAGGGUGGGGCAUUUUUCCUUAUAUGGCUAUAGUAAAUUCUUGUUAACAGUCUAGAGGCCACAUUUAUUGUCCGAUCUUCAUGAAACUUGGUCAGAAGAUUCAUCCCAAUAAUAUCAUGGACGAGUUCAAAAAUGGUGCUGGUUGGUUGAAAAACAUGGCCGCCAGGGGCGGGGCAUUUUUCCUUAUAGGGCUAUUGUAAAACCUUGUUAACACUCUAGAGGCCACAUUUAUUUGCGAUCUUCAUGAAACUUGGUCAGAAGAUUUGUCCUAAUGAUAUCUUGGAUGAGUUCAAAAAUGGUUUCGGUUGCUAAAAAACAUGGCCUCCAGGGGACGGGGCAUUUUUCCUAAUUUGGCUAUAUAUCAUGCUUUAGUAAAACCUUGUUAACACUCUAGAGGCCACAUUUAUUGUCAGAUCAUCAUGAAACUUGGUCAGAAGACUAGUCCCAAUGAUAUCUUGGAUGAGUUUGAAAAUCGUUCCGGUUGGUGGAAAAACAUGGCUGCCAAGGGGGCGUGGCAUUUUUCCUUAUAUAUAAGCUAAAUUUCAACCUUGUUAACACUCUAGUUAUUCUUACAAUAAUGAUUCUUUAAAUUACAAUUUUUAAUAACUUUUAAAUUUAUUAAUGAUAGUUAAUAACUUAUAAAUUCAUUAAUGAUAGAUCAGGUAUAUUUUUAUUGUAAGAUAAAUCUUAAGAAAUUAAAUAAAUGCUUUAAACUCUCUGUAAGUGUGGAUACAGAUAGUUUACAUCAGUGGUCAAUGCUUAUCUUAACCUGGAUAUUAAGAAUAGCAGUGUUCUCAUUUGAUUGGAUGUUAACCUUGCCAGCUACACCUCAGAAUCAGGGGACUAGCACAUUGUUGGCCUUUCCCAUUGAAUUAAUGAUUUACUGUGUUUCACUAACUGGAAAUGUUAAGUUAGUGGAGUUAGUUUAGUUCUUUUAACUAAGUGUGAUUAUUAACUAAGUUAUAACUAAGGCAAAGUAACUUAGUUUUUUUUCUCUAAGUGAAAAUAUUAAGAUAGUGAUUUAAAAGAACAGGACCUAGUGAAUUUAUGCAACAACAAGUAAGUGUUUUUAAUAAGUGAUGAGUGAAAAGAGUGAAUUUAUUAAAUGACAAAUCUCAGCUAGUCUUUUAAUUUAAGUGACUUAGUUUGUUGUGAUUAACUCAAGUUAUAAGUGAUUAAUCAAAGCCGAAGAAAUGGAUUUAAACUGUUUGUUUUCUUUAAGUGUCUUACAUUAGACUUAAGUGAAUAAUACAAUGAAAGUGAGUUCUUAAUUAUUUGUUUAGUGCAAGUGAAGUUUGUGAGUGAAUUCAAUUAAAGUGAUCACGGGUGUUUGUUUAUCCUAGUGCUUUAUUCAGGCAUUUGCCUCAUACUGAACACAAACUGUUGACCAAGUUUAGACAUUUAAGUGUUUAAUUGUUUUCGAAACCUUGUUUUAACUAUGAUUAACUUUUGAAAGUUUAUGAACUGUAUUUCUAUAUGAGUUGUUUUUAUUGUUUGCAUUAUUGCUUAAGUAUAAAUGAUGAAUUUUUUGAAAGAAUAAAAAUAGUUUAGUCA